AACGAGAGGUGCGGGCAGGGGAGCAAUUUGGCUGAACAAUACCAACAAAAGUGGAACUUUAAAAACAUAAGAAACAAGCUCCAGCUUGCCAGACAGGAAAAAAAAGCAGCAAUAUGGGUAGGAGGAAAAAAAAUUUGAAAAUAAAGAAUAAAAAGAAAAAAAGCAGCGUGCUGGGGAGGGAGUAAAAGCAAUGCUCUGUGUUGUGGCACCACGACAUCCGUGACAUUACGCAGAUUCCCGCUCUGAUCCGCGGGAGCACAGCGCACUGAAUGUAGGCGCCGCCGCCGUGUGCAGGUCUGGAGUCCGGUGUGGAUUUGGGUCUGUGCCAUCGGGGACCGCUGUUAUUCCUGCCCUCCUGCCGGACACUGGGCUGCCAGGAGAGCCGGGCGCUCUCGCAGUCAUCCUGUGCCAUUGGGGACCGCUGUUAUUCCUGCCCUCCUGCCGGACACUGGGCUGCCAGGAGAGCCGGGCGCUCUCGCAGUCAUCCUGCGGGAAGCGCACGGUUAACGUGUCCCUGUUAAUGCUGCGGGAGCGAGAAGGGGAGCGCACAGCGAGGCCAAAGGCGCUCGUUCCUCGCCGGCGCUGUGAACCCGAGGGUGUGGGGGGCUCGGACCCCGCCCCUCCCGUCCUGCCCGGCCCGGCCCGGCCCGCUGCUGGCGCUGCGCUGCCGCAUUUUGCUGCGGCUGAUGCGCUCCGAGCCGCGGGCCGGGGCGCAGCGCAGCCACCGCGCUGCCGGGGGCCGGGCACGGCCGGCGCCGCCCCUCGCCCGCCGCUCGCACACAGCCGGCGCUCACCGCCCAGACCGCUCCUGCAGCCACCAUGGUGGCCAAGGAUUACCCCUUCUACCUGUCCGCCAAGAGGGCAAAUUUCUCCUUGGAGGCGCAGACGGUGGCCAGCCCAGCUAAAGAGACCGAGGAGCCCAGUAACAAACGGGUCAAGCCUCUUUCCAGAGUCACAUCCCUGGCCAGCCUCAUCCCUCCUGUGCGAGCCACUCCGCUGAAGCGCUUCAGCCAGACCCUGCAGCGGUCCAUAAGUUUCCGCAGCGAGAGUCGCCCCGACCUGUUCAGCCCACGGCCGUGGUCUCGAAAUGUGCCCCCUGCUAACACAAAGAGGAGAGACAGCAAACUGUGGAGUGAGACCUUUGAUGUCUGUGUCAAUCACAUGCUCACAUCCAAGGAAAUCAAGCGGCAAGAGGCUAUAUUUGAACUUUCCCAGGGAGAAGAAGACCUGAUAGAAGACCUGAAGUUGGCAAAAAAGGCUUAUCAUGACCCAAUGCUUAAGCUUUCCAUAAUGACAGAGCAAGAGUUGAACCAAAUUUUUGGAACACUGGACUCUCUAAUUCCUCUGCAUGAAGAUCUUCUUAGGCGACUUCAAGAAGUCAGGAAACCUGAUGGAUCAACAGAUUGUGUUGGCCACAUCCUCGUGGGUUGGCUUCCAUGCCUAAACUCCUAUGACAGCUACUGCAGCAAUCAAGUAGCAGCCAAAGCUUUAUUGGAUCACAAGAAACAAGAUCACAGAGUGCAAGAUUUCCUGCAGCGCUGCCUGGAGUCUCCUUUUAGCCGCAAGCUGGACCUUUGGAAUUUCCUUGACAUUCCCAGAAGCCGUUUGGUUAAAUACCCACUGCUGCUCAGAGAAAUUUUAAGACACACACCAAAUGAUCAUCCAGAUCAACAGCAUCUGGAAGAAGCUAUAAAUAUAAUUCAGGGCAUUGUGGCUGAAAUCAACAUAAAGACUGGUGAAUCGGAAUGCCAGUAUUACAAAGAGAGACUUAUUUAUCUUGAAGAAGGCCAAAGGGAUUCAUUGAUUGAUAAUUCACGUGCUGUGUGUUGUCAUGGGGAACUGAAGAACAACAGGGGAGUGAAACUGCAUGUCUUCCUCUUUGAAGAGGUGCUGGUGAUCACUCGGGCCGUGACCCACAAUGACCAUCUCUGCUACCAGCUGUACCGGCAGCCAAUUCCCAUCAGGGAGCUGGUGCUGGAGGACCUGCAGGAUGGAGAGGUGCGCCUGGGUGGAUCCAUACGUGGAGCAUUCAGCAACAAUGAGAGAAUCAAAAACUUCUUUAGAGUCAGCUUCCAAAAUGGAUCCCAAAGCCAGACUCACUCUCUCCAAGCCAAUGACUCCUUCAACAAGCAGCAGUGGCUAAACUGCAUCCGCCAGGCCAAGGAAAAGGCUGCGUGUGCAGGCAAGGCUGGUGGGCUGGAAGCACAUUUCCUUGUGUCACCCAAGGGACGCAGAGUGCCCCAGGGAGAGGCUGCCCUGGAGCAGAUGGAGCAGUCGGACUGUGAGUCAGACUGUAGCAUGGACACCAGCGAGCUCAGCGCCGACUGCGAGCGCAUGGAGCAGACAAACUCUUGUGAGAGCGAAAAGCAAAUAGAAACCAAUGUUUGACAAAAACUUACAGUUCCUGGAGGAAAAUCUGUCUCUUACCUGUACAGUAUUUGCAUUCCAUACAUGGAACCAUUUGGAGAAGCACUUUUAGAAUAUUUUUUGUGACAAUGUCAAUGCAGUUCUUGUAUUAAUACCUGUGAGUGUCGUACUGUAACUGCCCAUCUGUAUAAGCUGGAAUCUCUUGCGACUCAUGUCCUGUGAUUAUAUUCCAUGAACACCCAAGGUGGAUGAAAGAGGUACUUGACCAGUUAUUCUCAAUGUCCUGCUGUAAACAGAAUUUCUGAACUACUAUUUAUAUAUUCAUUACAUAAAUAACCUUUUCCUUAUAUUUAAGUAUUUAAUUUGCCCUUUAAAGGGGCAGCUGAAGACGUGGACUUAAUAUGGAAUUUCAGGAUGGGUAUCAAGAUAAUAAGUUUUCUUAAAGGCAUGGAAAGAAAAAGUAGUUUCUUGGAACAGGAAAGAAAACUAUCUUGUAAUAACCUAUCCAAACUGCUGUGGUAUUAAAUCAGCAAGAACUAUAAACAGCGGGUCUUGGAACCAGGGACUCUUUAGGGAUUUGUUUUUCAAAAUGAAGCACUGUCCUAAGAUCCAGCAGCCAAACUUAUUAAAAUAUGGACAUUUCAAAUGGUCAGCAUAGUAAGACAAUUUAUUUUUCAAAGCAUGUAAUGCUAAAAAUAAUCAACUGAAAGACCACAACCAAACCUUUACAGACAGCACUGAAUUGAAUGAAAUGCUGAGAAUACUGGAUGUUUGUAAAUAAGCUGGUAAUUUGCUUUCAGUGCCAUAUAUAUAUAUAUAUUAUAAUAUAUAUAUAUAUUAUCCCAAACAGUAAGAAUGGAAAGGAGCUUUUGCUUGUGAAUAGGCCCUCUUCAGCAUUUUGCACUCCACUGACCUCCACUGUUGGUUUUAAGCACCACUAAUGUUAAAACUUUUAAUUUUCUGUAAAUGUCUGUUUACAAUUACAUGUAGUUGGUUUUUAAAACUAAGUGAUGAUUUUAUAUAAAUGGUGCUCUACAAAUACCCUGUGGGAUUAUGUAGAGAGAGUUUAAACAAAAAGGGAAUUGUUUGUCCUUUAGGAUGUAUUACAUCCUUUUUACUUUCCUCAAGUUUUGUUUUAAAAGUUUUUGUUGCAUUUACUUUCGUACUGUAAUUGGAAAUGUUACUGUGUUUUCUGGUGGCUGAUUUAACCUACUCAUAAUGAUGAGAAGCAGAUGAGUCACUUAAAUGCAGUCUAAAACACACAGCUGAACAUCCUGUUAUUUUUCAGGAAUCCCUGGGUAGUAUUUUAUUUCUUACUGUAAGAAAGAAUGCCAGUGGUGUAUGGUAAGCUAUGAAAAUGAUAUAUUACAAAUUUUAAAUGAUUCUUGGUAUUACACAAGAUAACCUGUGCAAAGUACUUGUAACAACAAAAGUAGAAAAACUGCUAAGUUAUUGCCAAAAAUAAUUUUUCUUGUGUUCUACAAGUUUACAUAAAAUUUGCUAAGUAUCUUACAUAUAUAUAUGCUGAUGUGCAUUACAGAAAUCAGUGUGACAAGAUGAUAAACAAUAUAAAACAAGGUAUUUUUAUUUUUUAAAAAAAUGGCAUUUUUACCCUAUAGAACAUAUUUCUGUAUUUAUAGUUAAAAAAAAAAAAAAUCAAUUUUCUUUUCUGUUUCAGGCAUUGUAAUUUAUUUCAACUGCUUCAUUUUUAGAGCUGAAAGAAUAUACCAGUGAAGAUGAAAGGAAAAAUCUGCAAAGAAAAGGCAUAGGGAAGUUGUUCAGCAAAAAUGUUGAAAAAGAGCAAAAAGCAUGUAAAAUGUUCAGAUAGAGAAGAAGGAAUAAAUGAAUGUGUAUUGACAUUUUUUUUUUUUUUUAAUAAUGACCUUGAACUUUUCUGGAAGCAUUUCAAAUAAAUUACAUUAAACCA